UUUAGUGAAAAGUUUUUACUCUGACUUGUGAGAUAAUUUCUUGAAUGACUUAUUCAUCUUUUCAUGAAAAUCCUUUGAGUAUUUGAAUCUCUUUCAAUGUCAUGAAGUUUCAUCAAGUGAAUAUUGUUCUCGAUGGUUGUACAGUGACCUUUUUCCUCGAGAAAACCAACAAAAUUAGACCGAAAAGUUUUAGAAUUUUUGAUCAACAAGUUGGUGUCGAUAUUGAUUCCAUCAUUUCGAAAGAUACUUCGAGCGGUCAUAACGAAUUACAAUUUCUCUUUCUCUUUCAACUCUCUUCAUGAGGAAUAACUUUACAAUCAACUGAUGUCUUUCAAUUAUACUCAUGGAUCUAAUUGUUAAGUAACAAGUGUUUGGAAUUAAAUUUACUCCUGAAAGGAAUAUAAGGUUUUCUUUUCCUUUUUCCUCUUUUCAUUUCCUCGAUAAAUCAACAAUAACCUUCGAAUUGAUCUUGGAAUUUUCAAAGAACCAGAAAUCUCAAGGUUCCGUUAAUCAUCUGUAGCUGUUGAUGUAUAUUUAAGAGAAAAAUAGAUUCCAACUGUCAUAGUAACUGUUUAUUACUUUAAGUUAAUCAGGGAUUAAAAGAUAUCAACAAAAAGCAACAAAGUCUAUUCUUGCUUAACAAUUAACUCUGUGCAUCCCAUUGAUCAACGUUCACAAUGAAACAAUACAAUUGUAAUUGAUCAAUUCAACAAGUGGAUAUCACAUUUUACUCGAGUGGUUGAUAAAAUCAUUUAAAUCACUUAAAAUAACUUUUAUGUUAAGAUGAUUACAAACAAUAAUUACGACAAUCACUUGAUUAAUGAGAUUAAUCAUCAUUGACUUACAAUCAUUUUCCAACCUACAGUUACAUUGCUUCUUAAUAUUCAUUGUCUUCUGUUAAUUGUGACCUGAAAAUGGUAAAUUCAUCUAAAAUAACUCGAUUAUUAUUUUCCUUUUCAACUGUUCCUCGAUUGCAAAAGCAAAGAUUUCACAGUUCUCAACAAUCAACUAAAAGGAUCGGCCUAGUCGGUGGUUGUUUUGAUAAAGGUCAACCUAAGGAGGGCGUUGAAUUAGGGCCGAAAGUGAUUCGUGCCAAUGGAUUGAUACAACGAUUUGAAAAUCAUCACAUUGAUUAUAAAGAUUAUGGUGAUAUCAGUGUUAAAGACAUUGAAGAUAAUCAAGCAAACAAUCAACCACUAGAGCCGAUUAAAGGUUUACUUAAAAACACAACAAUCAUCGCUAAUUACAGUAAAUUGUUAAGUGACAAAGUUUAUCAAUGUUUACAAGAAGAUCGGAUCUCAUUGAAUCUCGGUGGUGAUCAUACUUUAGCAAUCGGUAGUCUCUUAGGUCACUUUAGGCACAAUCAAAAGUUUUCCGUUCUAUGGAUCGAUGCUCAUGCCGAUGUUAACACUGAAUUCACCACAACCACUGGCAAUUUACAUGGAAUGAGUUUAUCGUUUUUCCUUCAAGGAAUUCAAAGUGAAUAUGAAAAUAGUCCACAAUUAACUAAAUUGUUCCACUCUAUUCAACCCAAUCUAAACAGUUCUUCACUCUGUUACAUUGGUCUUCGCGAUCUUGAUCCACUUGAACGGCAUCUUUUAGAUAGCCUACAGAUCAAAUAUUUCACCAUGGGCGACGUUGAUAAACUGGGAAUCAGUGAGAUCACUUCGAGAGCUUUGGAAAUACUCAAACCCACUGAGUCAAAACCUCUUCAUGUUUCCUUUGAUGUUGAUUCACUCGAUCCAAGUUAUGCCCCAUCAACAGGUACCCCUGUGCCCGGAGGGCUGACCCUCGACGAAGCCCAAACUUUGGCCAAAACAAUCAACUCAACUAAUUUACUCAAAUGUCUCGAUUGGGUUGAAGUUAAUCCAAAGAUUGGAUCACCUAAAGAUUCAACAAAAACGGUUGAUAAUUCAAUCAAACUAAUCCUCUCAUUCUUGGGUAAUGUUUAAGUCAAUUUAUUAUCAAUUCUAAUUUGGGAAAGUUUAAUAAAACGAUUGUUGAGAAAGUGGAAAAUCAAUAAAUCACAUGUUGAAUAUACCAGAAUUAAUUAAAUAUACUAAAUUCUUUCAA